CUUUAGAAAUUUAAAAUAUUGUUGAAUCCUGUGGUGUUUUUGUUUUUAUUUGUGGAUCAUUUUAUAUAAGAUUUUAAGCUCAAAACGCACAAAAGUAUGCAGCUGAAAAUUGCAUUGUCGUUGUCGUCUGUCAAGGACAAAACAAAACGCCCUGCCAUGUGAGUGUAUAUGUGAGAUAGCAGCAACAACAAGAACAACAACCACAACAACAACGAGAGAAAGUAGCACAAAAGCAGCAGAAACAGAUACGAAAACAAAACAAAAGGACAAAUCACACGAGACUUAAAACGCAGAAGAGAGUGAGUGAGCCAGCGAGUCAUAGAGAUAGAGAGAAAGAGGGAGAUAGCACGAGAGAAAGAGAGGCUGCUGCAACAUUUACUCUCCGCUCCGACCUGCAUCCCGCUUCUACUUCAACAAUCAACCUCCCUUGGAGGCCAGCCCCAUAUAUACAUACACACACACGCUCACACACACCACGGCACGGACAUUUGGCGCCAGUCCGGACGUACAGACAGUACAAAGGAAGUGGAAGUGAAAAAGGAAGAGGAAGCGAGGCAAGACUACAAAGGGAGAGCUAGAGGCAGCCAGGACCACCAUGUGGUGGUUACACGCUCCGCUGCUUCUGGCCCUGCCCCUGCUGUUCCUGCUGCUGUUGCCUCAAAAUGUAACCGCUCGCUUCUGUGAGGGCGGCCACAUCUGCUCCCUGCCACGGGAAUGCUGCACCCAGGGUUGCUGUCCACCAUAUCAAGGUGGCCCAAGACAAUUGCCACAACCAUCGGAGCAUGUGCUGAAUUUGUUUUUCAUCAGCCAUUGGUUCUUUUGGUGCGUUGUUGUGGCCGUCAUCUUGGCCAUCUUGUGUGCCUAUUCACUGUGGAAGAAGCGCCGAACCCUUUGCGGUUGGGGCUUCAAUGAGCAUCACACACAAUCUGAGGGCGAUUCAGCUGGUUCCUGCUAUGCUCCGCCUCAAUAUAGCCGUUGUAAUUCAUUUCAUCAUCCGCCACCGCCAUACACAGAGGUUACCUCCAAACCGGAUCUGUAUCCGCUCGUCUUCACCUGCAACAGUGACAAUGGCAAAGGAAAUGGCAGUUCCAGCUACCUUAUGGUUCAAUAUUUUCGCAACUAUAUUGUACGGCCCGCUGGGUCCUUGAGUGCUGCCAGCACAGUGGACUCCUUGAGUUCCAGUUUCAUAUGCAAUGCAAAUGAGGCGAAUACAUUGGUUCCGCCACCCUAUUCCCGGGCAGCCAGUCCGGAAUUGGGCUUACAUCAUUAUGUGACGCAUGCGCCGCCGCCGCAGCAGCCACCUCCCGCGGCAUCAAAUCAAUUGAUGGCCGGACAGUAUGGAUUACCGCGUUCCGCUUCUCAAUUGGUUGAUAGUUCAACUAGCGCGGCACAGAUGCAGUCCCAGGCGCAGGCUCACGCCCAGGCCCAUGCACAGGCUCAGGCGCAGGCGCAGGCACAGGCUCAGGCUCAGGCCCAACAUUAUGCCACAGUGGCUUUGGGUGGCAAUGGAGUUCUUUAUAGCACACGACUGCAAUCCUCUCAGAGUGGCAAUUUCUCGCCGGAGGAGACUGUGCGAUCGGGUAUGGGUGGCUAUCAUCUGCAGUCGCAGAGUGACCAGCAUUUCCGUUACAUGGCCACAAGUAGCAGCAGUCUCAGUGAUAUUUUCGUCAACAAUAGCUGUGUGGCCGGUUUGGGUUCGACUAUGAUGGACGGAGUGCCUCCGACUAGUGGAACAGCCACCCAGGCGGCAUCAUUGAGCAGUCUAGCUGCUGGCGGUACACCAGUCAUCUAUAGUAAUGGCUGUAUCCAGCCGAAUCCUUUACACAAUUUGGAUACUUGCUGCCAAUUGAGUGGCCCAGCGGCUGCUGCAGCUGCUGCUGGGGGAGUUGGAGGAGCAAUCGGCGGAGCAUCUGGGACCACUGUCAGUUCGGCAGCUUCUGGGGUCAGCAGUUUGGCUAAUAUUGGCACACCAAGUUCACCACCUCAGGCCACCAGUCCCACGGGUGAGGUGCGAGAAAUACUCGAUCAGAUACGUCAAUUGCAGGCGGGCGUCAGUUAUGAACAACUUUUACUUGGAGGAGGAUUAGGAGGAGUAGCCACAGCCACACCUGCCACAGGUACAAAGCCGCGUCUUCAGCACACUCUAUCCACACCAGCAGCAGCCACGCCAGGAGCAGGCACAUCUGGCUCUGGAUCUGUUUCCGCCUCCGUGUCAGUUAGCUCCUCGAUAUCGGGAAAGAGUAAAAAGUUUUAUGCCCCCAAGCCGCCUAACAAAGCCCUGUAUAUACCCAUGGCCGCCCUGGUCACAUCCUCGAAUGGCUCUGGCUCGAGUGGUGCUCAACGUUGUGUACUAAAAAGUCCUGUCAGCAGUGUCGUCAGUGGCGCCAGUUUCUUUGUGAAUCGAGGUCGUGUGGCUCGCAAGGGUUGGAUCUCGCGAUCGGCUCCUACAACUCCUGGCAGUGGUCUGCCGCCAAAUCGCCUGGGCGACGAUAGUCCCUUGCUGCUCAAUGAGCAUGACGAGGAUGUUAUCGAGGAUGACGAUGAGGAAAACGAUGAGGACGAUGACGACGAUGACGAUGAUGAAGCCGUUGUGUAUGGCUGCCCCGAAGUGGAGAAGAACGCCAGACGAGGGGCCAGAGGCAGAGCCAAAAUCAACAGUAAAAAUAAGUCUCAAACGCAAAGUCGGCUGCAGGGUCAGGGUCAGGGUCAGGGACGGAGCCGUCAUCAUAACGAAUUGGAAUAGUAAUAGUGAAUUGAAAGUUUUAUAGUAUUAGAUUUUCAAAUUCCAAAUUUCAAAGAAACAACUGAACUUCAAGUUCAACAUUACAAAUCAAAACCUUACAACAUUAUAAAAAAAAGAUGUUCUCAAGUCCUUGAAAUAUUUCGGCGCACUUCACACAAUUCAGUGAAAUUCCAAACAAAUUAAAGUCAAAGAAAUAAAUACAUUUAUAUCAUCCAUAUGUUAUGUAUUUUGUGUGAGUACAAUUGGAAUUCCUGUUGAUCACUUUGUGCUAGAACCAGUUACGAAUUAUAAGAAACUAACCAAAAAGGAUUCAGUUUGAAAGUGUGUUUGAAAAAGGUUUCCUUUUCCAAUAAGCUUCUCGGACUUGUGUCAUAGUUUUGAUCAAAUCUUAUUAUUUUGUGCACAAACUUUAAUUCAAUAAAUUUUCCAUAUAGACAGUUGGUGUAGAUAUAAAUUUA